AUGGAUUGGUCUUGUGGGAUGAUGCGGAUGGCAAAAUACCUGAGUAAGGCGGGAAGUUGGACCGUGGAAAGCAUGCUGAUCUCACUGCUGUGCUGUAGGACCAGUGGAGCUCGUCUCACUGUGAGUCCCAGCAGCACUCAGUUCUUCAAAUGGAAGUCUGUCUCCCUGAGCUGUGAGGAGGACGACAGCUCUGCUGGAUGGACGCUGUGGAGGAACACAAGCAGAAAAAAGAGGGCUCAGUGUGACGCUGACUGGGGAAGAUCGGCUGGUUCUAACUGUUCCUUCAGCCACAUCGACCCAUUGGACAAUGGAGUUUACUGGUGUGAGUCCAGAGAGGGAGCAACCAGUAACACCAUCAACAUCACUGUCACUGGUGGACCAGUGAUCCUGCAGAGUCCUGUCCUCCCUGUGAUGGAGGGACAUGAUGUCACUCUGCACUGUGAAACAAAGACCCCUAACUCCAACCUCCCAGCUGGUUUCUAUAAAGAUGGCUCCCUCAUCAGGACUGAGCCUACAGGUCACAUGACCAUCCACCAUGUUAACAAGUCUGAUGAAGGCCUCUACAAGUGUAACAUCAGAGGUCGUGGAGAGUCUCCAUCCAGCUGGAUCUCUGUCACAGCCUCCUCUCCUCAUGGUUCCUCCUCUACUCCUCCCUCUGUGUUGUGGUCUGCUGUUCUUUCCUUCUCUGUUCUGGUUCUUCUGGUUCUGCUGGUUCUAUUGGUGAGACGACGCCUCCGUAUGAAACCUAAAGCUUUUGAAGAAGAAGUUGGGGAUGAUGACAUCACAGAAGACGUCACAUACAGGGAUGUCAAAAUAUCACGUCACCUACAGCAGCCAAUCAGACGCAGCAAAGAGUGUAAUUCAGUUGCAGUCUACUCAGCAGUGAGAGGAACAGGUGACGUCAGUUCUGGACAAAUAGCCAACAGACCACACAGGACGAGAGGAAAUUGCAACCAAAAGAAAGGAUGCAAGAGGAUUUAGAAGAGAAGAGGAAACAAAGAUGUUGGCGGGAACAGGGAUUUAUAAAACUGACAAAUGACUGUUUUUGAAGAUUGAAUGAAGAUUGUUGCAAUUAAUGCUUAAAGCACAAUUAUCACAACAUUGUCUACUGUGUGUAAUGCAGGGGAUUAGUGUUGAUGGAAAAAGUUAUUUACUUUGCUUAUCUGCAAGAGUUGAGGAACAGAGUUAACCGAGUUAGUGUUAACUGGGAAAAUACCGGGCUUAUUGGGACAGGAACCGCUAGAGGUUUAUGCAAUCUCUGCUAUAUUCUCUGAUAUUCAUUUUAUGUAUUACUCCUGGCAUUUGAUAUUUAUUAAU